UUUUAUGUGUAGAGUCGCGCUUUUAUUUUGGUAACGAUGCGCGCACGCUUACUUCCGGUUUCGCGCUUCCGGUUUCUUUAGUCGGCUCUUACACGCAGUGCAGAAGUCCAUGACGAUGUGAGUAUACAUUUAGACUUAAUAGUAAGCGCUGCACAUAGUUUGUGUACAUUCCCCACAGACCUAAGUGGCGGAAUAUUCAUAAUAAAUGUGGUUUUGUGGUCGUUUUUUGCCAUUCGUUUCACUCGUAGGUUUGUAGCUGUUAGCUCGUUUUAGCGGCUAUCGAACGUUAGCAUGCUAUCGUCGCUCAUUAUGUAGCAUUUGAAUAUUUGAUGUAAGUUGUGAAUGUUGUCAUUUGAUGAGAGGAAAUAUGAUAAUGUUCAUUAUAAUUCGUUUAUUAUUGUUAAAUAAUGCAGGUUGUGCUUUAAUAUGGAAAUGAUGGAGGUUUUGAUGCAAUAUGGAUAAUAUUAGUUGGAUUGUGGAUGUUAAUCAGAUAUUUUAUGUUACUCAAUAGAAACUGCUUGUGUACGUUUAUACACAUCUGCACGUGAGCCAUUAAAGAAGUUCAGUUCAUCCGACGACUCCUGUGCUCUCUAAUCGGAGCCACCUCUGAUGGUCAACAACUUCAGAUCAACCAGUCACGAGUAGAUUCUUCUAAAAAGGUCCUUCGAGCUGGAUUGUUGACUAUUGGAGGUCAUGUCGUCAGAAGAGGACUCAUUUCCCUCCCCUCAAGUGGACGCUCAACGACCCAGGAGGCAACACUGCACACCCAAGCACUUCGAUGACUACAUCCUUUCACAUCAUCCACAGAGGACUGCCCUUUCCUCCCACCCUGACGAGAGGGGUCAUGAGGAGCAGAGAGGAGCAACGGCCACAUCGGAUGGAGGAAUAGUAGACCUAAGUGUUCGUCUUGGCAGCAGCAGAACCUCACCCAGCCUUCACAAAGGUGACUCACUAGGCACCUCAGCAUUAAGGCAACUCGUUGAGUCCAUGUCAUUAAGUGAAAGGGAAAGUCGGACAGAAAUAGCCCAACUCACAAACAGACUUGCUCAAUAUGAAGCUAAACAACGUCGUCGACAAGAGCUGCUGGAGCACAUUACGUCAUUUCUCCAACAAGAGGAAGAAGAUGAUGAUGAUGACUAUAGUUCUUCAAGUCGCACACCACUUCCUACACUGAAGCACCUCACCUCUCAUCUCUACGCUUCAAACCACGCCUCAACACCUGCAAAGCAGGUUCAUGACAUAGUACCUCAGGGAGAGGGACAUGUUAACACAAACUCGAAUUUGGAUGGGGAAGAAAGACACGGUGACGUCACCUCGACACCAGGAGACAAGUUAGUCCAUUCUUCAUUUAAAACCAUCCAACAUCCUUCAACAGAGACUCGUCACUCACCCUAUUCGACGGUUUCAUCUGGUAUGGCGACGCCAGCGCUGAUUCAGCAGAACCACCAAGAACAGAACUCGCUACAGUGGACAACGCAGCGUCGCAGUAAUGAUGACUUUGUUCCCAGACAGCAACCUAUUGCUUACCCGCAAAAUUAUCCAGCAAGAGUGAGCAAUCCUCCAAUUCAAACCUUCCAGUUUUACAGUCCACAACACUAUCAACCUGGCCAUCGACCACCGUUACCACCACCGCCUGUGGUGAGUAGUAACUAUUCAGCUGCUCCGCCGCAGUUACCAACACACCAAGUUACAACUGCUUCAGUUUGUGACGGGCAGCCACGCUCAAUCUACGGUGUGCCAAAACCCAAAAUUCCCAAUUUCACUACAGACAGUGAGAAGGAGUUCGCCAACCUCAAGCUGGCUCUAGAUAAUUUGCUUGAACCUCAUACCGAGCUUACUGAAAAAUACAAAUAUCACGUGUUAUUAGAGCAUCUCCAACUCCCCGAAGCGCAAAUGAUUGGCCAGUCAUGUCGCCAUGAUCCAUUUCCUUACUCGGCCACUAUGCACGCUCUACAGCUUCAGUACGGCCAGCCUCACCAGCUAGCACAAAGCGAAAUAGCUGCUAUCCUAACAAUGCCAGAUGUAAAAUCAGGUGAUGCACGCACAUUUCAGAACUUUGCUCUCAGAGUCCAUCUUUUAGUUAGCAUGUUGCUAUCUUUUGAGGGGUCACGGGGAAUGGAAUUGAACUGCUGCUCUCACGUUGAUCGUUUGCUAAGUAAACUGCCUAGGUACCUCCGAGACGGGUUCAUUGAGCAUCUUCAGCUGCACGGGAAGCUCAACACCAUGAGUCUGAACCCCUACAACCUACAAGAUCUAAACGGGUGGCUGCAAGGUAAAGCUCAACAACAGCGCCUCUCCAGCCGAUUAGUGCAGCGCUAUCAGAUGGAGCGACCGAACAGUGAUGGUAAAGACAAGAUCUCCAUCAAAGGUAAGGGUCGACCUGUAGCUGUUUACCAUGGCGCAGAAACCCAAAUGAACACCUCCGCUAGAUCCGCUGGUGACAAGAAACAGUACAAAGUGCACUGCCUAUUCUGUGAUAGCAAAGAGCAUUACAUCAGUCGUUGUCCCGAAGCAAGGGAGAAAUCUGCAGUGGAUUUAAAUAAAUGGAUAGUAGAAGGAAAACGUUGCUGGAAAUGUGCGCGUUCUCACUCUCCUGAAGCAUGCACCCUGAAAAAACCCUGUGUAGACUGCGGUGAUGUGCACCUUCAAGUACUUCAUAAUGUAGCUCAAUUGCGCUCCACCGACACACAGUUCAGAACCAAUGAGAGCCGUGUGUACUUGACACCGAGUAUCAAGUCAGCUCAAGUACUAUUAAAAGUAGUUCCUGUAGUGCUACACAACAAAACAAACUCAAUGAAUACUUACGCCAUAUUAGACGAUGGCGCACAGCGAACCAUGAUUUUGACUGCAGCGGUACAACAGCUGCAGUUGAGUGGUGAGCCAGAGACCCUCGCACUGCGCACUGUGCGUCCAGACGUCACACACCUCCAAGGGGUCAGGGUUAGCUUUGAAAUAUCCCCCCAAGACAGCCCUAGGAAGAGGUAUAAGGUAGCAGGUGCAUUCACAGCAGCAGGUUUGGAUUUGGUAGAGCAAACAUACCCAAUCCAAAUGCUUCAGAAACGCUAUUCCCAUUUGAAGGGGAUCCCACUCAAGUCGUUCAACAAUGUACGACCACUGUUACUGCUUGGCUCAGACCAGGUACACCUCAUUACAGCCACAGAGCCCAUCCGCAAAGCGACAAAGGGAGGCCCGAUAGCCAUCAGAACUGUCUUGGGAUGGGCGCUGCAAGGUGCACAACACGAUCAGAAAGAACAGGUCCCCAUUCAGCAGUGCCUGUUUACUUCCGUCACAAGUUCCGAUGAUCUUCUGUACCGAAAUGUGGAAAAGUUAUGGCAACUCGAUGUCCUACCUUUCCGUAAUCAAAAGAUCGUCACUCGCUCGCAUGAGGAUCAAGAAGCCAUGAACCUGCUAGAGACAAAAACGCAGCGUCUUGAAGUUGAGGGAGUUAAACGAUAUGCCACCCCUCUUUUGAGGAAAAUAGGCGGUCCUACACUCCACAGCUCUAUUCAGUCAGUCAUGCCUCAUCUUAGAGCUACAGAGAAGCGUCUAAAGAGAGACCCAGAAAAGGCCACAAUCUACGCUGCUGAAAUUCACAAGCUUACUGAAGCUGGAUACGUGAAAAUACUUCAACCAGAAGAAGUACAAAGGUCAGCAGAAGCGUGGUAUCUCCCACAUCACCUUGUCUGCCACAACAAUAAGCCACGAUUAGUCUUUAACUGCUCCUUUCGUCAUCAAGGGUUGUCUAUGAAUGACCAGCUCCUCCCUGGACCAGCAUUGGGUCCAUCCCUGGUAGGCGUCCUGAUUCGAUUUAGACAACUCCAAGUUGCAGUGAGUGGAGACAUCCGUGCCAUGUUCCAUCAAGUCAGACUGCUGCCUGAGGACACACCACUCUUGAGGUUCAUCUGGCGAGAUAUGGAUUGUGAAAAUCCACCAGAUGUCUAUGAAUGGCAAGUUUUGCCUUUUGGCACGACAAGUAGCCCUUGCUGUGCGAUCUUCGCACUUCAACAGCAUGCCCGUAAUUAUGAAGAAAGUCAUCCAGAAAUACUCCGCUCAGUCCAGCAGAGUUUUUAUGUCGACAAUUGUCUUGAGAGCUUUCCAACCAUUGCUGCAGCCAAGCUGAGAGUGGACCAAUUACGGACCCUACUAGCCGAUGGAGGGUUCGAUCUCCGACAGUGGGCAAGUAAUGAACAGGCAGUUCUAGCUCACCUUCCAACUGAAGCAAGAUCUUCAUCGACCGAACAGUGGCUUAGUCAGAGUUGCACUGAUCCGCUGGAACCCACUCUAGGCCUGAGAUGGAACUGUGCCGCAGAUAGCCUUGGUUAUAAGUAUCGGCUCAUAGAACACACAACAUUAACUAUGAGAACAGCUUACCAAGUGCUAGCAAGUCAGUAUGACCCGUUAGGGUUUAUGGUCCCAUACACCACACGGGCUAAAGUACUAAUUCAACAGCUUUGGUCCAAACAACGAGGAUGGGAUGAUCCAGACUUACCUUCAGUCAUCAGGCAAGCCUGGGAAACAUGGGAGAAUGAGCUGAAACAUCUCAACAGUGUAACCAUUCCCCGAUGUUACUCGACAUCCUUCUCAGAGGAUAUGAAGUAUGACCUCCAUGUCUUCUGCGAUGCUUCAGAACGGGCCUACGGAGCAGUAGCUUACCUGGCGAUCAAUGCAAACGACGCUAUCCAGACUUCCUUUGUUAUGGCCAGGUCUAGAGUUGCACCAAAAAGACAACAGUCAAUUCCUCGUCUUGAACUAUGCGCUGCCUUGGCCGGAGCCCAACUAGCUAAACUCCUGGAGAUCGAAAUGACGCUCCCCAUCCGGCAAACCAUCUUGUGGUCUGAUUCAACCACCGUGCUUGAAUGGCUACAAUCAGACUCUUGCAGAUUUAAAGUGUUUGUUGGAACUCGUGUCUCGGAGAUACAGGAGCUCACAGAUCGGCAGGCUUGGCGGUAUGUGGACAGUCUGAAUAAUCCAGCUGACGACAUAACUCGGGGAAAGACAUUGAUGGAGUUAACAGAGUCUGCUCGAUGGAAGCAAGGACCUCAAUUCCUCACGCAGAAUGUAGAACAUUGGCCAAAGAAGCCCAAGUAUGUCACAAAGGAAGCUUCACCUGAGCUGAAAUCCAGUACCUUCUGUGGCAUCGUCGCACUGAAGCUGAACCAACACGUUCCUGAUGCCACGACGUACAGCUCUUGGAAGGAACUUGUCGAAGCAACUCAACACUUACACGGGGCGGCAGCAGGAUCAGCUCAGUCUACCAGUCGUAGAGAGGCAGAAGUUUUGGUGUUGAGAAGUUGCCAAGCACAAAGUUUCUCAGAAGAGAUAGCUGCACUUCAAGCACAAAAACCUGUACACAAUCACAGCCGACUAGCAAGCCUCGCUCCAGAAUGGGACGCUGAAACAUUGCUAAUCCGUGUUGGAGGAAGACUGCGGAGAUUGCGUAACGCAAGUGUUGAGGAAGUUCAUCCUGUUGUGUUGGACUCCAAACAUCCAGCAGUGAAACUCCUUAUUAAGGAAAUUGAUGAACGGCUGUUGCAUCCUGGCUCAGAACGAGUGUAUGCAGAAAUACGAAGACAGUUUUGGAUUCUGCGUGGACGACAAGCCAUCCGACACCAUCAACUCAACUGUCCAUCCUGUCAGCGGUGGCGAGCACAACCAAAGGUGCCACAGAUGGCAGACUUGCCUCCCCAACGUCUAAGACUCCUCUCUCCACCCUACUACUCAACAGGAGUUGAUUGCUUCGGACCAUAUUUGGUAAAAAUCGGCAGGAGAACAGAGAAAAGAUGGGGUCUUCUCUUCAAGUGCCUCACAACCCGAGCCGUUCACAUCGAACUUCUGAACUCCUUGGAUGUAGAUGCCUUUCUUCUCGCUCUUCGUCGGUUCAUCGCCAGACGAGGAAGACCCAAAGAAGUGCUGUCCGAUUGUGGCACUAACUUCCGGGGCGCUGAACGAGAGCUGAGAGAGGCCUUCGCUGCCCUCGAACCGGAACUCAAGAAGCAGCUAAUGGAUUAUCAGAUAGACUUCAAGCUCAACCCACCUAAUGCUCCUCACUUUGGAGGAAUUUGGGAACGGGAAGUGCGCUCAAUCAAAGCUGGUCUACGAGUAGCGGUAGGGAGCCAAUCCACCACAGAAGACGUCCUUCACACAAUCUUGGUGGAAGUAGAGGGGAUAUUGAAUUCCAAACCCUUGGGCUAUGUAUCCGCUGACGUGGCUGACCUCGAUCCCAUCACGCCAAACAUUCUCCUUAUGGGGCGGCGGGACGCCACACUCCCACAAGCUGUUUAUGCUCCAGUGAGUAUAGGCCGUCGUAGGUGGAGACAUUGCCAGACUCUAGUGGAUCAGUUCUGGCUCCAGUUUACCAAGAACUACUUGCCGAAUCUUCAGACUCGACAGAAGUGGAGGAAAUCAACUGGAAACUUACAAGAGAACGCCGUUGUAUUGAUUGUGGACCCAACGCUUCCGAGAGCUCAGUGGCCUGUCGGGAAAGUGGUGAAGACGGUCGCCAGCCAGGAUGGAUGUGUUCGGACGGCAGACGUUCUAGUCAAAGGGAGGAUCUACACACGACCAGUUGCCCGCCUCAUUGAACUUCCUGAGCUUCAUGAUGACUCGGAAGAUACUAAAGACUCUUGAAGACUUCUUGGGUCUCACAUUUGCCGAGCAAAUGUGGGGGCGGCUGUUAAGAAUUCUUCAAAUAGUUUAGUAAUUUCGCCGUUUAAUUCAGUUAUUUUAUGUGUAGAGUCGCGCUUUUAUUUUGGUAACGAUGCGCGCACGCUUACUUCCGGUUUCGCGCUUCCGGUUUCUUUAGUCGGCUCUUACACGCAGUGCAGAAGUCCAUGACGAUCCUGUCUUUGGAUUUAUUCAAGCUUUCAAGCACAAAAUCUACCUCUUGGAGGAGUCAUGCAGGAAAUUGCAGGCUCAUUAACAGGCCCAGGUGCAUGCAGUGAUUAGAUUGAACUCAGCUUGAGUCAAGAUGGCGUUGAUGUCAGUAAAGGGCUCCUCUUGUAAAACCAAUAAGUAAUGUAUUUGGACACAUGCUGAGAAUGGACAAUAGCUCGACUGUGAAAGACGACGAAAAACAAAGACUUCCCCAGUUCCAAAGAUGCACUCAAGUCAACACUACAAGUCACAAGUCGACUUUCUGGACAAUAAUUGUACUGCAGUGAGGACCUUUAAGAACAACCUGGCAGCGAUGUAUGAACUCUUCAGAUGGGCUUUCUCCAGCGAAGAGCUCUCCGUCAGGACCCUCGGCCUGAGAAUCCACAGCCUGAUCAACCGCUGCACGUUUCUUCACCUUGCUUGGUGGCGAGCGAGCAGGACCCGCCACAGGUGAGGAGCAGCAGAGGGAAACUGGAAAACGGAGGCGUUCUUCAUCCCACAGAAGCAGGACAACGCAAGAGACAAAGAAUGAAGGAAGGUCGCGCAGCUUCUUACCAAUAGGAAUAGACGCAGGACCCCGGGGUGUGUCAGUGGACCCGAGUGUGUUCGCACAGGUCAUCCAGCAUGAAAACAAAAUGUAAAACUUGAGGUACUCCAUCGCUGUUAAAGUGCGGGAUUCCAGUUAAAAAUGGACUUUUGUUGACUUUGCCUCCAGGCCCGGCGCAAUGUAGUCCAAAUAAGAAGCAAAACCCCAAAGGGUCUUUUUCCCCCUUCUUAAUGCACUCUCUCGCGAGAAGACAUUUAAUGAGAAAGUGAGAUGCGGAGAAGAAAGUUAACUCCAAGGUUGAUUUUGAGGGUGCACCUCCGGUUGUUAAUUGCGCUGCAGUUGCGCAGUCCAGUGGGAGCGAGAGAGUCUUCGGAGGCUUGGACGAGGAGGGAGGGAAGAUAGCAGCAGCGCUUGACACGCGGACGUCCAGCGUGAAAGUUUGGCCAAGUGUAGCUAUAUUUGAGCCCCCCACGUACCCUCCCUCCUUCCCUCUCUCCACACUCAAUUACACCAUCCCCCUCUGAAUGCCACUCCCCCUUCUUCUGCAAUACACUGUUCAUUCAGUGGAGCAAGACAAGAUACUGUACAUACAACCACAGUUGCAUUAAUUUACUGUAUUUUAAAAAGAUUUGUAAAGUGAAUUCAGAUGCAUGUGUCAAUACAUUUAACAUGACACACUUUAAAAAUGUGGAAAGUCUUCUGGCGUAACCAGUGGCGUUGUUA